CAGAGCGGCUGCGAACGGGAAGCUGGCCAGAGCUCACUCGCGCUUCUGUAGAAUCCGAUCGAGUUGUACUUGUAAAGUCGACGGUGGAGUCGCGGAUCACGCCGAUAAAAGAAAAUGCACAUCUGAGUCACCGGUGCGCGAGCUUCACCGAUUCUUCUGUGCACGGCGAACGACGCAUAGGAAAUCUCGGCACUUGUCCGACGAUCCGACCGCGACUCAUUUUUUCGGCGUUUAGAAGACUCAACGAGCGAGCGAAUACAAGCAACACCUGGCCGAACGAGAUCGUCACCGAGGUCGGCUACGACCACGACGGGCUUCUAUUUUGAGUGCUGGGAAGCGGGACUACAUCACGUCGAGCGCAGUCGCCUCUUCAGCCCACCGCGUCGGAUAUGCUCGCGAGUGACCGGGACAAUGACAAGAUCGCCACGAUAACCGGCAAUGGUAACGUCCACGAACCCGCGGACUUCGACAAAGCCAUCUCCGCGACUGGCUAUGGACUGUUCAACGUGUUGCUGCUACUCGCCACGCUGCCGAUCGCGUGGACCGCCGUUUUUGACACUACUACCAGCGCGUUCAUCUUAGCGUCGGCUGAAUGCGACCUCGAGCUCACGUUCUUCCGGAAAGGCGUCCUAGUCGCGUUUCCUUACGUAGCUAUGACAACGACCGCAUUCAUCUGGGACUACAUAACGCCCUACGUCGGCAUGAGAAUGCUGUUCAUCCUCGCGUUAUUAGGCGACUCGAUCCUCAACAUCGUGAGCAGCGGCGUACAAUCCUACUAUGUGUUUCUACUAGUUAAGUUCGUCAGCGGUGUUCUCGCGGGCGGCCCGUUGGCGAUGGUGAUGACGUACCUGACGGAAUUUCAUUCGGCGAGGUACAAGCCACGCUUUACCACGUGGGCGGGAUUCCUCUUCGCCGUGGCGAACAUGGUGCCGGCAGUGUUGGGCUUUACGAUACUGCCGUUGGAUUGGCACAUCGACAUCUUCGGGCGAGGCUACAACUCCUGGCGUAUAUACCUGCUGAUCUGCUCGAUACCUCCCGUCAUCGGCCUCAUGACGUCGGCCAUGUUACCGGACAGCCCUAAGUACCUCAUGUCGAUCGGCAGGUCGGACGUCGCCUUGAGGUUACUCAGGCGGAUGUACCACAUGAAUACUGGACAGCCAUUGGAAGCGUUCCCGAUAAAAACGCUGCUGAUUCCGCAAAAGACACAACUGACGCGUCCCGUGCUCGAGGUGAGUCUCGAGAAGAUGCGUGUCUCACUGUACAACACGAAGCUACUGCUAUCGACGGCCUACCUGCCCGCCUUCUGCUUCGUAAGUUUCCUCCAAUUUGGAAGUAUGCUCGGAUUCAACACGAUGAGACUGUGGGUGCCGCAUAUGUUCAUCAUCCUCAACAACUUCAAUGCUAAUAACUGGACGUCGGACACGAGGCCGACCAUGUGCGAGAUGCUGGACCGACGCGCGGCUUUACCGGGUCAGCGUUACCUGAACCGCUCGAAUUUUGACGACGCGUGCUUCGAGUGGACGAUCAAUCCCGUAAUUUACCAGAAUUCCACCAUGAUCGCGUCGUCGGCGGUCGUGUUCUCGUUCCUCGCAGGAUUCAUAAUGAACACGAAGCUUCGCAAGCAGAUCAUAAUACUCACGGCCUUCCUGAUAUCGGUGGCAAGCAGUUUCGGAAUAAAUUGGGCGCAGUCUCCUCCGUACAUGCUGACGCUAGCGGCAGCGGUUAUCGUGACGACAAGAAUAGCGGGUAAUGUCGUUACCGCAGUGAAUGUCGACGUUAUUCCCAUCCCAUUAAGGGCAAGCAGCACCAGCGUCCUCGCGACGAUUGGAAAUAUCGCCGCUAUCGUGGGGAAUUUGAUUUUCUCCGCGCUCUUGGGCACCGAAUGCAUCGUUGCCUUUACCGGGCUUGGCUGCCUCUUCACCGGAUGCUUCUGUUUAUCGCUGUUCUUCCCACAACCCGUGAGAGAAUCGCCGAAGAAACUCGCGCAGGAGAUCACAACGAAAUUGUGACAAAGACGUCGGAGGCAGUCAGGAUCGACGUGCUUAGGAUUGUAAAAAUUUCAUUAAAACAAGGAAAAAGUUGCUAGAUUACGCUUUCGCUGU